AUGCAAUCAAUCACCCUGAAGACCGUCGACGACAUGGAACCACGAAUGCGGUUCUCCCGCUCCUUCAAGUCAUCCACCCAAUCCCUCCCGAGCCCAGACGGCGCAUACAUCGCCACGAUUCUCCCUUCUAAGCUCAGCAUCCGGUGUACGCGCUCGUUGGACAUCACACGCGUUGUGUCGCUCCCUGCCGAGCUGGCAGCAUCGGUCUCAUGGUUCCUGUGGUCUGCGUCCUCGGCACGAAUACUCUUGGCCUCUCCAGACAAUAUCCGGGUGUAUUCAAGCCUCGACUCCCAGUUUUCUGCUACUCUCACGAACCCGACAUCUGGAACGACAAAGGCUACACAUGUGGCAUUCGGAGCAGACGACAACGAGAUCUGUGUUUUCUCGGACUUUGGAAUCAAGUUGUUGAUCUUCAAUUUGGUGACUUCCAAGUCAGUGGAGAUCAAUUCGCCCAAAUUUUACAAUCCAGGCUCUGCUCCGAAGGGAAUGUCAUAUCGACCUGGGACUGGAAACCUGGCGCUUCUAACGAGGUGUGGUGGGAAGGAUGUCAUCAGCAUCCAUUCGCGAGGGGCUCUAGAUGUAACGAGGUCUUGGUGGCCGGAGACUGUUGAUGCGCAAGGAAUUCAAUGGAGCGCUGAUGGGAGGUGGCUCGUGGUCUGGGAAUCUGCAUCGCAAGGCCAUCGACUGCUGGUUUACACUGCAGAUGGGCAUCUGUUCAAGGCCUGGAAUGGCCCGAUGCCGAUGUCAGAGGAGGAUGUUGACCUUACGCUGGGUGCUGGAAUCAAGCUGUUUCACUGGGGAUGUAAUGGGCAGCAUAUGGCUGUUGGGGAUUACACAGAUAGAGUGACGAUCUUGUCUGCUCCUUCGUUCUCGGAGAGCAUGAUCAUUACCCACACAGCGGAUGUGAAGCCGACGGGAUCUCUCCAGAUCUGGCAAGAAAAAAUCACCCCGUCGCCGAAUGGCUUCUCGCGCGAAUUCGUCGCAGCAACACAAACGGUGUGCCCCCCAACAUCCGCGUCAAGCCCCCCGAACAGCAUCGAAGCCAAAACGGGCACGAACCUCCUGUCUCUCGAUCACUCCGGCACACUGUUGGCAACGCGAACAGAGAACAUGCCGACAACCAUCUGGAUAUGGGAUAUUGGAUCACGCAUACUCCGCGCCGUCAUGAUCCUACAUGUCCCCAUCGCCAAAGCCAGUUGGCACCCCUCCAUCCCCGAAGUCUUGAUGAUCAGAUGCGAAGGCGACGAAGCGCGCGGCCUCGUACACGUCUGGGAACCUUCCUGGACACAGCCCAGAAUCAUCGACUUCGCCCUACACAUCCCCGGUGGAAAGCUCAUUGGCAAGACGAUCUGUCGGUGGCUGAACACCGGCGGUGCCAGCGCAGCAAUGCUCUUUAGUGAUUCUCAAGAUUUUAUAUUGGCCUGCCUACCGGACUCGGACGACGAGGAACCUCCAUGGGAGGCUGGGUCGCGAGGCAAUAGUGUCUGUGAUCAGCAAGGUGAGAGCCCGUUGCUCCUUGUACCUGCAGAGAAUGAGAGAGGCCGCGUCGCGAUUGAUAGUCUGAUUGAGGACGAGGGGGAGACAUUCAUGAGUGGUGGCAGCGAGGAGGUGGAAGAUACGUUUCGGUUCCGCAAAUUCGUGGCGCCUGGGUUGAACGGUUAA